CUCUCUUUCAGGGGGUUUCAGCUGGUCUGUCUCUCCUCUCCUGCUCCAGUAACUGGAGGUCCAGGUCUUUCUUCACCAGCCUCAACCUCAUUUUUCAGGAAAGUCUGGGCUGCGUCCCACUGCUACAGCCAUGGCACCCAAAAAGAAUAAAGCAGCCAAGAAGAGUAAAGGAGACAUCAACGACAUCUUGGUGGAGAACAGCCCCAUCAACAAGAUUAAUGGCUUAAAUGCUCUGAUAGAAGGAGGAAAUGGCUUCAGCUGCAUCUCAACUGAAGUUACAGAUUCCGUUUAUGCCCCAAACCUCCUGGAGGGAUUGAGCAACAUGAGGCAAGACAGUUUCCUGUGUGAUCUGACAGUCGCCACCAAAUCCAAAUCAUUCGAUGUCCACAAAGUUGUCAUGGCCUCCUGCAGCGAGCACAUCCGAAGCAUUUUGAAGAAGGAUCCGACCCUCCAGAAGAUUGACCUGAUUGACCUUUCACCAGUCGGUCUGGCCACCGCAAUCACUUAUGCCUACUCUGGAAAGCUCACUUUGUCACUCUACAGUAUCGGCAGCACUAUUGCAGCAGCACGGUUGCUUCAAAUUGGAACCCUGGUGAAGAUGUGCAGUGAUUUUCUCAUGCAGGAGCUCAGUGUAGAAAAUUGCAUGUAUGUGGUCAACAUUGCUGAAGCCUAUGACCUCAAGGAAACCAAGGAGGCAGCCCAGAGGUUCAUGAGGGAAAACUUCAUUGAGUUUUCUGAGAUGGAGCAGUUCUUGAAGCUCACCUAUGAGCAGAUAAGCGAAUUCCUCUCAGACGAUUCCUUGCAGCUCCCUUCUGAGGUCACGGCCUUCCAGAUUGCCAUGAAGUGGUUGGACUUUGACGAGAAGAGGUUGAAGUAUGCCGCAGAUCUGCUGACGCUCAUCCGCUUUGGGACUAUCUCUGCCCAGGACUUGGUGAAUCAUGUCCAGAGUGCGCCUCGAAUGAUGCAAGACUCUGAGUGCCAUCGUCUCCUAGUUGAUGCCAUGAAUUACCAUUUGCUGCCAUAUCAACAGAACAUCCUGCAGUCCCGCAGGACGAAGAUUCGAGGUGGCCUCAAGGUGAUUGUUACAAUUGGUGGACGGCCUGCCCUGACUGAGAAGUCCCUCAGCAAAGACAUUCUCUACAGAGAUGCAGACAAUGUGUGGAAUAAGUUGACAGAAAUGCCAGCAAAGAGCUUCAAUCAGUGUGUAGUUGUCCUGGAUGGCUUCCUGUAUGUGGCAGGUGGUGAGGACCAGAAUGAUGCAAGGAACCAAGCAAAGCAUGCUGUCAGCAACUUCUGCAGGUAUGACCCUCGUUUCAACACCUGGAUCCACUUGAGCAACAUGAUUCAGAGGCGCACGCACUUCAGCCUCAACACCUACAACGGCCUCUUGUUUGCCAUUGGAGGGCGAAACGCCGACGGUGUUCAGGCCUCCCUGGAGUGCUACGUCCCCUCCUCCAAUCAGUGGCAGAUGAAGGCUCCCAUGGAAGUGCCACGCUGCUGCCACGCCAGCUCUGUCAUCGACGGAAAGAUUCUGGUCUCAGGAGGUUAUAUCAACAACACCUACUCCAGGGCCGUGUGCUCCUACGACCCCUCCACUGACAGCUGGCAGGAUAAGAGCAGCCUGAGCACACCUCGAGGGUGGCACUGUGCCGCCACAGUUGGAGACCGAGCCUACGUCAUCGGCGGCAGCCAGCUCGGAGGACGCGGGGAGAGGGUGGAUGUCCUGGUUGUCGAGUCUUUCAACCCUCACAACGGGCAGUGGAGCUACUGUGCGCCUCUGCUCUCAGGGGUCAGCACAGCCGGUAUCUCUGUUCUGAACAAUAAGAUCUAUGUUCUGGGAGGAUGGAAUGAAGGGGAGAAGAAGUACAAGAAAUGCAUUCAGGUUUUCAACCCUGAUCUCAAUGAAUGGAUUGAAGAUGAUGAGCUGCCAGAAGCAACAGUCGGCAUUUCGUGCUGUGUCAUCACCAUACCCACACGGAAAACACGAGAGUCGAGGGCCAGCUCGGUUUCAUCUGCACCCGUCAGUAUAUAGGGAUUUGGAUUAGAACAGUGAUGUAGUUUACAUGUCUAUAAGGUUGUGUACGAAUUCCUUCACUUCUCACUACUUAGUGCAACAUUUUGUCAUUUUGUCAGGAUGUCUAAAUCUACAAUUCCAAAAUCCAGUGCCAGAGAAAUUUCCAAGAAGUCUCUGCAAAAAACUAGUGCCCAUCGAUGCUCAUUAGCCUGGCCAAUAUUGACCACAAUACAUUGCAUUUCACAGAUUUGUCAUUUGAAAAACAUGAAUGCUUUUUCUUUUAUAAAUCAUCCAAGCUUUAAUCAUCAGAACACACUGGAUUCAUAAAUAGUCUUCAUAAAAUGUUCAUAUUAUGAGGUUUUACUUUGGCAGCAUAUCUUGAUAGUCCCACACCAUGUAGUGCUAUUAGAGGUUAGAGAGUAGUGAGGGAAUUCAGACAUUGCAUUUGUCUGUUUGGAACGUAAGUCAGAUUUUGGAUUUUCUUGUUAAGUCCUUGUAGAUCAGCAACUUACUAAAAAAAAAAAAAGGUGAAAACAAUGACAAGUCAGACUCUAUACACUUUAGGAAGCUAGUGUGAUCGUAUUUAGACGGUGGCCACCAAGUACUAAUCACUCCAACAAAUUACUCAACGCCAAACAUAUGAAAGAUCACAAUGACAAUUUAUUAUUGACAUGUUAACGACAGUAUAGUUUUUUCUAAAAAAAAAAAUUAAUCCAAAUAUAAAUGAAACUUUUCAGAAAACAAAAGUAAUUUCCAGACACCAAAGUGAAAUAUCAAAAAAUAAAACACAACAAGAAAACAGAAUAGUUACUAUGGGACUUCAUUGAUUGGAUGAUGAUGUGUGAUUUUUGACGUGUGUUUUUUCAAAUGCAUCUUUAUGCAUAUAAAUUUAUGUAUAUGCAUACAUAUAAAAGUUUUGUGAUUACUACGGAGCAUACCCAAUAGUGCUUCAUACUAGAUAAUUUUUCGGUUGAAAUGAAACGUCAUCAUCCAAUCAGCAAAGUCCCAUAGCACCUACCUUUUUUGUUUCGUUUUUUUAGCAUUUCAUUUCAUUUUAUUUUCUGUUUUCUGAAAUGUUUUUGUUUUUUACGAAAAGAUAGAUACAAAAUUAUUGCUGAUUGGAAGAUAAUGUUUGUGCUUCCUUUCAAUUGAAACGUAUUUGACAUGAAGAGAUACUGGAUAUAUUCUUUGAAACUUUUAUUAGCAGUGAAGUUCAGACAGUAUAUUUAAAAAGCCUCGAAAGUCAAAAAUCAAAUUUCAUCAUCUAAUCAGCGAUGUCCCAUAAUCCCUACCUUUCCCAGUUUAUGCAUUAGUUUCAUUUUUUCAGCAUUUCAUUCUGAUUUCUGGAAAUUUUGAUUUCAUUUAAUUUUGUUUCAUUUUUUUAAACCGUGUUUUCAAAUUUUGUUUCGAUUUCCAAAAUGAAAUAUUCUUUUUUUUAUUGUUGUCAUGGUCUUUUAUACAUUUUUGUGUUGAGUGAUUUGUUGGUGUGAUUUGUAUUUCAGGACCAUUGUAUAUUUAUGACCAACAAACAACCAAUGAAAAAUAAAACUACAGUUUGGUCAUUUUUAAACAAGUUUAUUUCUGGGGCCAAAUCAGCUGAAAUAGUUUCAUAAGCCUUUAUAAUAGAGAUAAACCACUCAGAUCCCAACUAUGGGUCUUGUUAAAUUAAGUGCAAAACAACACAUGAGCAGUAAUUCUAAUUUUUUAUAGAGAGAAUGUCAAUGGUGACUUUAGCUGCUGUGACUUUCACGUACUUGAACAAAGUAAAAAGCUGGAGUUUGAUGACAUCUACAAGGAGUAGAUGCUUGUUAGUGCCACCCAAAACUACAGUGGUUUCUUUACAUGAAUGCAUGGGCAGCAUGUGAUUGCCUUUUCUGCAGGGAAAUUGGGAGAGUGACAAGGAGAACAGGGGUUAUUUUGUAACAAAGAAAAAUAAAAUGAAAGAUGCUCCGACAGAAAUAGUCAUAAACUCUCUGACUGAACAUGUCUUUCCAUUUUUUUUAAAUUAAACACAAGAAGUGUAAGCUACUCUGAGCUCUGUCAUUUAUACUCUCUUUACAAACAUAAAAAAUAAAGAUUUUUUUGGAAUAUCA